AUGGCCUCUACAGAACCCGCACAGCUGCCCCCAGCUGCCGAACGUCAGUCUGAGUUCGAACAAGCCGUCGCAUACGCCCUUCACCUUUGGCCUGCCCUUACACUAUCCGUCCAGAACGGCUGGGGAGGUCCCGACUCUGCCGAUAAGCGCGACUGGUUUGCCGGCGCCGUCGUCGAGCUUUUUCCCGAAUACACCGAUGCGCCUCCCAAGAAUGGCAAGACUCCCGAAGAUCCUGAUCUCGAGGAGAUAGAGACCGUCCUCCUGCAAGUUAUGGUUGACGAAUUCGAGGUCAACGUCGACGACGAUUCAGGCACAGAGGUGGCUGCCAAUAUUCUCCGUGCUCGGGCCAGUUGUACUCUUGGAACCUUUGAGGAGGUCAAGACUCUGCGAACACGGUGGUUGAACCGAAAGGGUACAAAGGUCGAGGGUGUCUUCAAGAGAGUUGAGGACGACGAUCAGGACACGGAUUGGGAGAGUGGUGAUUCGGACGACGACGAUGAGGGUGGUGCUGAUGUCGAGAUGGACGAGGCUCCUGCUCUGGUUGCGGCACCUAAGGAGAAGCCCCAGCCCCAGGUGGACGAGGACGGCUUCACCAUGGUCACCAAGAAGAAAUAA